AUGCACUUGUUUCCUCCUCUUUUCCACACUUCUAUUAAGUUGCGGUCACCUCUCCCUCAUCCUCCACCGGCUCUGCGCGGGACUGACAAGGGGGGAACGGCGCCGCAAGAAAAAGUAAUAAUAAUAAUAAUAGUGAAAGUGUAUAUCAAAAAGUGUGUUGGGAAAAAGAAGAGGGGCCAAAAAAAAAAAGCGUGA